GGGCUCUACAGGAAGAUUACUGGGCUGUGAUAGGGGCCAGCACUCGGAUUCCCUGCGGUGGGACACAGAGGAAGGGUUGUUUGUGCUGCUGGCGUGGAGCACCGACAAGCCUGUGGAGAACCUGUUACAAUAAACACGACAGGCAUCCUGGGAGUGAGCUCAGGGCAUUUGGGAACCGCUGGAGGGGUGCACCUUUGAAGUCAGCUGGACCAAGGAAAGGCCUGCCCCGAAGGCUGGUCACUUGCAGAGGUAAACUCCCCGCUUUGACUUCUGGCCAGGGUUUGUGCUGAGUCGGCUGCAGCCGCUCUCAGCCUCGCUCCGGGUAGCUGGGGCAGCCUCAGGCCCGCCUGCCUGCGGGAUCAUGCCCACCGUGGACGAUGCCCUGGAGCACGCAGGGGAGUUUCACUUUUUCCAGAAGCAAAUGUUUUUCCUCUUGUCGCUGCUCUCAGUUGCCUUCACGCCCAUCUACGUGGGCAUCGUCUUCCUGGGCUUCACCCCUGACCACCGCUGCCGGAGCCCCGGGGUGGCCGAGCUGAGCCUGCGCUGCGGCUGGAGCCCCGCAGAGGAGCUCAACUACACGGUGCCCGGCCCGGGGCCCGCGGGCGAGGCCUCCCCAGGCCAGUGCAGGCGCUACGAGGUGGACUGGAACCAGAGCGCCCUCGGCUGCGUGGACCCCCUGGCCAGCCUCGCCACCAACAGGAGCCGCCUGCCGCUGGGCCCCUGCAGAGACGGCUGGGUGUACGAGACGCCUGGCUCCUCCAUCGUCACCGAGUUUAACCUGGUGUGUGCCAACUCCUGGAUGUUGGACCUAUUCCAGUCAUCUGUGAAUGUAGGAUUCUUUAUUGGCUCUGUGGGUAUCGGCUACAUAGCAGACAGGUUUGGCCGUAAGCUCUGCCUCCUAACUACAAUCCUCAUAAAUGCUGUGUCUGGAGUUCUCAUGGCCAUUUCCCCAACCUAUACAUGGAUGUUAAUUUUUCGCUUAAUCCAAGGACUGGUCAGCAAAGCAGGCUGGUUAAUAGGCUUCAUCCUGAUUACAGAAUUUGUUGGGCUGAAGUAUCGGAGAACAGUGGGAAUUAUUUACCAAGCUGCCUUUACGGUUGGGCUCCUGGUGCUAACUGGGGUGGCUUACGCACUUCCUCACUGGAGGUGGUUGCAGUUCACAGUUACUCUGCCCAACUUCUGCUUCUUGCUCUAUUACUGGUGCAUACCUGAGUCUCCCAGGUGGCUGAUCUCCCAGAACAAGAAUGCUAAAGCCGUGAGAGUCAUUAAGCACAUCGCAAAGAAAAAUGGAAAAUCUCUAACUACCUCCCUUCAGCACCUGAGACUUGAAGAGGAAGCUGGCAAGAAAUUGAACCCUUCAUUUCUUGACUUGGUCAGAACUCCUCAGAUAAGGAAACAUACUUUGAUAUUGAUGUACAACUGGUUCACGAGCUCUGUGCUCUACCAGGGCCUCAUCAUGCACGUGGGCCUUGCAGGGGACAAUAUCUACCUGGAUUUCUUCUACUCUGCCCUGGUUGAAUUCCCAGCUGCCUUCCUCGUCAUCCUCACCGUCGACCGCAUCGGCCGCCGUUACCCUUGGGCUGUGUCAAAUAUGGUGGCAGGGGCAGCCUGUCUGGCCUCAGUUUUUACCCCUGGUGAUCUUCAGUGGCUAAAAAUUAUUAUCUCAUGCUUGGGAAGAAUGGGGAUCACAAUGGCCUUUGAGAUAGUCUGCCUGGUCAAUGCUGAGCUGUACCCCACGUUCAUUCGGAAUCUAGGCGUCCUCGUCUGUUCGUCGAUGUGUGACAUUGGUGGCGUCAUCACGCCAUUCCUGGUCUACCGGCUCACUGACAUUUGGCUUGAGCUCCCGCUGAUGGUUUUUGCUGCGGUUGGCUUGGUUGCUGGAGGUCUGGUGCUGUUGCUACCAGAAACUAAAGGGAAGGCUUUGCCCGAGACCAUCGAGGAAGUCGAAAAUAUACAGAGACCAAGAAAAAAUAAAGAAAAGAUGAUUUACCUCCAAGUUCAGGAAGUAGACAUUCCAUUGAACUAAGAAGAGAGAUCAUCACUCCUGCUGUGACUUCAAUUUGAUGACAGCAAGACCAAAAGCAGAAAUUUCUGCACUCAUCUCAAAGCCCAUACAGCUCAACCCAUCUUACCCUUGAGCCCUGUCAACCUAGAUCUAUAGCCAGUGAAGGCUAUUGUACCACUGUGGAAAAGUAUACCUAUGGGACCAGAUCCUGCCAAGUUCUUACAGCUCACUCUAUUCUCAGCAUUCCUAGGACAUUGGACAUUGGUUUUCCAGAGGGUUCUUUUUUUCCAUCUUUGUAUUUUUUUAAAUUUGAUUUUUUAUCUACAAUGCUAUCUAACCAGAAUACAUAGGGGAACUGUGGGCCAGGGAAAUCAAAAUAGAAAAAAAAAAAAUCUGAAAAACAGUAAAGUUAGAAGAGGAGCAUCUGUUUUCUUAAAGAAAUAAAACAUCCAAAACAAUAUAAAGUUGUCCAGAAUGUAUGUCAAGAACUUUAGAUAGCCCUUUCAGUAACACAGGUGAAGACAUUUUAAAAAAUACGUUGAUUAUUAUCUGGAUUAGACUUAAAGUGAAUCUCAAAUAAAAGAAUCAGGAAUACAACUUGAGUAAUCGUGAAAUCUUUCCAUAUUUAGACUGGAUAAGCAUGAACGUGUAUUUUCUACAAAAGAUCUUGAGAAGAGUUCAGUAAAAAAUGUUAACAUUA